GAGGGCAGUCUCAGCAGCGCUCUUAUUAAGGGAGGGUGGAAAUAUAAGGAUGACAUAGGGGACGUUAAAAAGGAUGUUAUACCACAAGGUGUGCAAAGAUUGAAACGCACUGAGUGAGAACGUCACUUUUGCAUUCACGAGAGGUAAGACGUACUGACUUGGAAAAAUAUUUCAAGAGUUUAAACACCAAAGAAGAUCGGCAAAGAAGUACGAGAAAUAUUACCUUGGGGAGCAGUGGAGGCAGUGGAUGACAAGACUAUUAGCUGCCUUGGAAAAUGAGGAUCCCUGCAAACAUCUCACUGUGGAAGUACUAAUCGUAGUGGGAUUAUCGCCAGAAUUGGAGUUUAUUGCAUUGGACCUGCUAUUUUUUUGUCCUCUUCAACAAGUAGACCCUCGACCGAUAGUCAGCUAUUGCUUUUGGUCUGCACACUGCGCAAGGCAUGAAGCCUCUUGUGCACUGAGCUCGAGCCGCCCCACCCUACCCUGUGCCCUUGCCUGUGGGACCCAGUGACCAUGCUGACCGAGUGUCCAACACCAGAAAGAUCAGAGCCCCGACCCACGCUCAGGCCCGCUGUAAUCUCAGCAGCACCAUGUCUCAGCCAGUCGUGGCACAACCUGCGGCCAACAGCUCACAUGCGGGUGAAACGCCUGAGAUUCAGCUGAAAUGGGCGGCCCUGCUCAUUGUCAUGGUCAUCAUCCCCACUAUUGGAGGAAACAUUCUGGUCAUCCUUGCUGUCUCGCUUGAAAGAAAGCUGCAGAAUGCCACCAACUACUUCCUGAUGUCACUUGCUGUAGCUGAUCUGCUGGUGGGAGUCCUGGUGAUGCCCAUUGCGCUCAUCACUGUUCUCUAUAACUCUGAUUGGCCUCUUCCGGAGUUCCUCUGUCCAAUCUGGCUCUUCCUCGAUGUGCUGUUUUCUACUGCAUCCAUCAUGCACCUCUGUGCCAUUUCACUGGAUCGGUACAUUGCCAUCAAGAAGCCAAUCCAACACAGCCAGUACAAAUCCAGAGCCAAAGCAUUGGUCAAGAUUGCACUGGUGUGGAUCAUAUCCAUUUGUAUCGCAAUCCUGAUUCCAAUUAGGGGGCUACAGAACUACCCCCUUCCCAACAACAUCACCUUCAACAGUAAUCACACUUGCCUGCUGAAAACGGACACCUUCGGGGAUUUUAUCAUGUAUGGCUCCUUGGCAGCAUUCUUCCUCCCUUUGACUAUCAUGAUGGUGAUCUACCUACUAACUGUCCAAGUGUUGCGCAAGAAGGUUUAUUUGCUCAGGUCAAAGGUGACUCAGCGCUUUAGCUGCUCGACAGUCUCCACAGUUUUCCAAAGGGAACAGACCGUGACUUCACCUCAAGGUGAGCAAAGGAACACAUUGGACAGUAGACUUCCCAGGAUGCAAGAAAAACCAAACGCAGGCACAACGAACGCUCCUACAGGAGAGGAAAUUUCUUUUCGCAGGAUGUCAACAAUGGGCAAGAAGUCAAUGCAGACUCUGAGCAAUGAGCAACGUGCCUCAAAAGUGCUAGGCAUAGUCUUCCUCCUGUUUGUUGUCAUGUGGUGCCCUUUCUUCAUUACAAACAUCACCUCUGUGCUAUGCAAGAGUUGUGAUGCUAACGUAAUUUCCCGCCUCAUGGAGAUCUUCGUUUGGGUGGGUUAUGUGUCAUCAGGCAUUAACCCAUUGGUCUACACACUAUUCAACAAAACUUUCAGGGAGGCGUUUGCACGGUAUAUCACCUGUAACUACAAAAACUGUUCGAGUAAUGGGGCAGGACAACUUCCAAAGACACCAAAUACAGACUGGACCCUUACAAGGAUGUCAUUCAGAUCUUCCAUGGCAGAGAACUCUAAACUGUUCAUGAAGCGAGGAGUGAAGAAUGGCAUCGGAUCAGUGAGCUACCAAAGUCCACUGAGGUGUCGGCAAGCACCUGCACAGUCAUCCAGUGGAGUUUUGUUAGACACUAUACUUCUGACUGAAAAUGAUGAUGGUAAGCAGCAGGAGCAUGUUAGCUGCGUAUAGAGACACCAGACAAAUACAUCCAACUAAAGGGAGCACUUGAAGAGGAUCAGAUUUAUGGUGCAAAAUUUUCAUCUCUUUAAAAGACAAAGGCUUGCCCCAUAUGUAAUAUAUUCAAAAUGCCAGAGAGUCUCCAUUUGAUACACAAAUCAUUUGAUGGCAGGACUUAUUGCACAGCAAAAGCUCACCUGCUGUUAUCUGAUGCUACUGCUGUUUGUUUACAUCUAUAAUUUUAAAGCAAAACAUGGCUGUAUUUUCACUGGCAUCAUUUGGAAACGAAAAUGCUACCUUUCAGACGCAAAUCCCACCCCUCAGUUAAACAUGUGACUGUACAGUAUAAGAUCAAAUUUAACUCAACAGGCCUAAAGGCAAGCUAUAUUAACAAUGUGAAUUCUCAGCGAGGCUGUUCAUAGCAUACACCAAGAGUUUUUGAGUCCUUGAAUUGUAUCAGAUAACUUUAAGAUAACCUGUAACAGGUCUACUUCAGAAAAGAACACAAGUUGUAAUUCAACAAAGUUCAGGCCACCAGACAUUAUGACAACCUGGAAACACUCUGAAUGCAGUACAUAAUAUAUUCCUCUGCUGAUCCUUUCAACUUGGCCUAAAAAUACGCUGUAAACCAUCUCAGACCACAUGGUUACAUUUUGCUAAGAAGACCACAACUCUCUUCUGCAGACAGACUUGUAAAUGCAUUGCACUCUUGAAAUGAAACUUGUAUUUGUACUUGCUGGACGUUUGGAAAGCACUCUUGUAUGUGUGCUGCAGCCUGCUGUUUUGACAUGUUUAAAACGGUUUCCGAAUGAAAGACUGUAUAUAAGAAAGAACUCAAUCUAGAUUCAAUGGAAACCUAAAUGUGUUCA